AUGGAGGAGCUGUGUGUUAGCAACUGCGAUGGGCGCUGGCGCAUUGGAGUCAGAUCGUGCCGUGUGGACCCGAACAAUGCAAGCGACAAAACCCUGGCGGCUUAUUUGUAUUUGACGGAUACGAACCUCGACUCGAAAUCAUAUACAGGACCUAAGCAGUUCCCUGCAGGAUUUAGAAUAAGCGUGAGCACGGGGAAAUCCAUGACGGAAAUAUUUUCGCAUAAGGAUCCAUACACGCGAACCUUCUGCAAUGGGCAAACCGCUUGGGGAAGCCAUAAAAUAAUUCCCCAUGCGGACUUCUCUGAGAAAAUUCAGGACGACUCCAUAACUAUCGUCUUGGACGCCACAGUGGAAAUUACAUCCGAAACAUUUCGCGUGUACACCCUGCAGCCACAUCAAGAAGUCUACCGGCAGAAAUUCUGCCAGCGUUUGGUUGGCAUGCUUCCUGGAAAACCUGCUCAGCAUUCUGCGGACUUUGUCAUUCGUUCCUGUGACGGGCAAGAAUUCCCUAUGCAUCGCUGUCUGCUGAUGGCGCAGUCACCGGUUUUUGCCGCCAUGCUAACGCAUAACACGAAAGAAAAGCAACGUGCGCGGUGUGAAGUGAGUGAUGUCGAUGGAGAAAGUGUUGCCAUCCUGCGUGACUAUCUUUACGGAUGUGAAACGGGAAAAAUCAACCGCGAUAAUGCGGAAAAGGCUUUGAUCAUGGCUGAUAAGUACGCUGUUGCGGAUCUACGGUGCUUUUGCGAAUUGAUGCUGACCGAUAAUGUCACCUUGGAAAAUGCAGCAAAGUAUCUGGAGCUGGCUGAGCAGCUAGAACUGGACACGUUAAAGGAAGAAACGGUUUAUGUACUCAGUACGGGACGCAUGCGAAUUCGAAAUUCAGUGAACGGAUUCAAGCGGAACUUGAUGCCGUCCGCUGCCGCUGAGAUCAAAAGUUGCGAAAGCGCGGAAAAGGUCACUGAGGCAAUCAUGGCUAAGUCACCGGCCGUGACAUGGGUGUUUAGCGACACCAUUGGGCGCAGAUGGUCCUAG